AUGAACACAGUAAACGGCAAUGCCAUCAAUGGGUCACGAGUGCGCAGACGUGAUCAAUUUAAAUCAUUUGUAGCUUCAAAAGGCCAAGCUCUCAAACAAUAUUAUAUCACACCUUCUGCCUCUUCCUCAACAACGACAUUAGCAACAAGCAGAGACAUGGCAGUAGAAAAUGAUCUGAAGCGUAGCGACACUCAGGAGAUUGAUGACAUUCUAAAAGAUCCAACUCCCGAGAUAAUUCAGCCACAAUGUAUGCUGUUCCCCACUUAUGCUUGUCAAGUAGAUGAAGAGGAUCAAGAAACCAAAUACAAGAUCAUACUUGCUGGCUGGGCUUUUGCAAAACCUGGCUCAAAUCGUCUUGACCGUUGGUUACUAGCUGCUGGUAGAACGUAUGGAGGAUUGGCCCGAGAUUCAGUUGAAGAUAAUCAUUUCUCAACAUUGUUGAAUCAAUUUCGUUGUCAGACAAUGCGCAUGGUUGAUAUACAACUCACUCUGCCAGGCAUCAUUGCGCAAAAGAUCAUUGACGAUAACACAGACAAGAUACCCAUUGAGCAACAAGAAAAGAUCAGAGAUUUCGCUGCCUCUGUAAACACGGGCCCGAGUGGUAGAUUUCAAAAGGAAGUUUUCUUGGAUCUGGAUGAAGUAUUGGCAUUGAAAAAGAAGCAGGAUCACUUAACUGUGCAAGCAAGUUUCACCGACAAUGAACAACCGUUUCCGGGUUACAUUGAUAUCAUUGAGCCCUAUGGCAUUUCCAUUAUUUCUGAUAUAGACGAUACAAUCAAAGUGACGGAUAUUCUGGAUGGUAAAGACGCUAUUCUCACAAACACAUUCUUCAAGACGGCAGUUGAAGUACCCCACAUGAACGAAGUAUACAGGUCAUGGGCUAGCGAAGGCGCACAUGUCCAUUAUGUGUCCAAUUCACCAUGGCAAGUGUAUCCCGCGCUGAGCGAAUUCAUCACCAACAAGCAAUUUCCACAAGGCAGCGUGCAUCUCAGGGCUGUCAGUACUCAAGAGCUCAUUCGCGGCAAACCCGGUAAACACAAGCUGGAGAUGAUUCCAAAGAUUCUACAAGACUUUCCUCGUCGUAAAUUCAUUUUGGUGGGUGACUCUGGGGAGAUUGAUCCUGAAGUAUACCAGCAAAUCUACAACCAAUAUCCAGACCAAAUCAUAAAGAUCUUUAUACACGAUGUAACGUCUCAGCGAGCAAGAGACGCGGAUAAACUAGCACAAGAAAGACCCGACUCUUACUAUAGAAGUCUAAGGAAAUUUUUGUCCAGAGAAUCGUCUUUACUGAGAAGGGGAUCCACUUCACAAUUAGCGAUGGAUGCCAUGGCAGAAACUGAAGUACCCGAAGAACAACAGCAGAUAUCCAAUCCCGAAAUCCCUCUGCUGACAAAAUUGGAGCAAUUUGAGGAACGUAUGAAACGAGUGUCUAGUGGCAUGAGAGAAGGCGUGUUUACCGUAUUCACAUUAGCAUCGCAACUCAUGCUGGAUCCUGUUGUCGCUGAGGAAUUCUUAAUGUCGAAAACUAGCACAGACUUAUCUCUUUAG